CUCCGGCGCAUCCACCCCGGUGUAUAUAAAAGAGUGAGCCAGCUGUCAGCGGGCACCACAACGCCUUAUCCUGCUCUCUGCUGAGGACCCGGACGGAGAGGAACCCCCCCCUGCAAACAGCGGACCAACAUGUCGCUCACCUCCAUUCUUUCAGCUGAGGCUAUUGAAAAUGCUGUCAAGGACUGUCAAGCUCCGGACUCAUUCUGCUACAAAAAGUUCUUCCAGCUGUGUGGCCUGUCCUCAAAGACGCCUCAGGAAGUCAAAGAUGUCUUCCAGAUCCUGGAUGAGGACAACAGCGGCUUCAUCGAGGAGUCUGAGCUCAAGUACUUCCUGCAGCGGUUUGUCUCCGGGGCGCGGACACUGACCGAGGCAGAAACCAAGAGCUUCAUCUCAGCAGCCGAUGACGACAGUGAUGGCAAAAUUGGAGCAGAGGAAUUCCAGACUAUGGUCCUGUCCUGA